UUUGGUUGGGUUCGACCCGAAGUACCUGAUCCGACCCAAUCAGCGGCUCUGGUCGGACCCGAUCCGAUGAGCUCUCGUUCUUUUUUCUUUUUUCUUUUUUUUUUUCAGUAUGUGAUCACUAAUGUUACCCUGCAUAGACCCUUCAAAAGGUGAAAUGAGACACAUUCCAUUUAAUGCUUCAAACGAAACGUCGAUAUAUGUAAUUUAUCUUGCAAGUAUGGGCACAAACGCUCCUUUACAAUUUUAUACCCCAGAGUAUACGGUUUCGCUCUUCACAAAAAAACGAGUUGCAGCGACAACAUGGGUCCAUGCAAUUCCAACCUCGCAUCGCUAUAUCUUCUUAUCUUCGCCGCGGCAAUGGCAAUAACAAUGAUUCCUCACAGCGGCAACGCUCAAAACUCGAAACAGGACAUACUCAACGCUCACAACUCGGCCCGCGCCGCGGUCGGCGUCGGCCCGGUGACCUGGAACAAUACGGUCGCCGCCUACGCACGCAACUACGCGGAGCGACGCAGGGCCGACUGCCGGUUGAUCCACUCCGACGGCCCCUACGGCGAGAACAUCUUCUGGGGCUCGGGGGCGUCGUUCACGGCGGUGGAUGCAGUUGAGGAUUGGGUCGCGGAGAAGCAGUUCUACGACUACCGCAGCAACGCUUGCGCCGACGGAGAGCAGUGCGGCCACUACACACAGGUGGUGUGGAGGGACUCCGUGCAUGUCGGGUGCGCGCGCGCGGUGUGUGAUAACGCCGAUAUCUUUAUUACCUGCAACUACGAUCCACCCGGUAACUUCGAAGGUGAAUGGCCUUAUUAGAAGAACAGUAAGAGAUUAAUAUGGGGUUCUUUUUGUUUUUUGAAUUUAAGCAUGGAUCUUGAAUUGUGGUGUGACAUGCAUUCCGGUAAAAGAAAAUAAUAAAAACCAACAAUUUUGUUGUGUUUUUUGGAAGGGGAGUCGCGUCUUAAUACUUGGUAUUUUACUUUUUCUUUUUCUUUUUUGAAUUUGGAGAUUAUGGUUUUUCGUAACGGUAAUAAAAUUAAGGAUUAAUGUUCAAGUAAAUUUUGGUGUUAGGACUAGUUUGGACAA